CCGAUCAAACGAGUUUGAGCUCAGACUGCUCCAGAGCGUUUAAUGAGUCAGACACACCAGACAUGGAUAGGAGACUAGCGUUAGCAGUGGAGGACAACAAUGUUGAUGAGGUGGAAAGUCUUUUGAAGGCAGGAGCCUCUCCCGAUGCGUAUGGUAUUCAGGGAUGGCCUGUACCUGUGACAGCUUGUGAUAGAGGCUUCAAUUCCAUUGCACAAUUUUUGUUUCAGGAAGGAGCAAAAGUGAACAAAACUGCUCCUGAUGGUUACGCCGCUUUAAUGUGGGCAGCAUUUCGUGGUUAUGAUUCACUAGUUGUUAUGUUAUUAUCAGCUAAUGCUGAUGGUAAUCUGAAGGAUAAGUUUGGAUGGACGGCAUUACACUUUGCUGCUGCCAACAAUCACUCCAAAGUUGUUCGUAUUCUGUUAGAGAAUGGAUGUGAUAUCAAUAUAAAGAACAAUAGAGGAGAUACUGCACUGCAAGUGGCUGAGAGACACAAGAAGAAAGAUGCUGCAGAUGCAAUCAAGUCAUUCAUUGUAAAUUAUCAUGUUGAAGACAACCAACGUCAAACCAGUCCUCACAAUUUUGACACCGCACGGUAUCAUCGCAUUCUUCUGGCAUCACACAGUUGCGGCAAAUUUCUAUAUGCUCCCUCAUUCGUGGUUGGUCGAAUUUCAGGCUUGCUACAUCAUCUCCUAGAACUAAAUGUACAGCAAAUGCAGUAGCAAACACACUACAGUCAACGCCUCCCCUCUGCUGUUGAACAUACGCCAAUUCAAUGGGACCACAUUCAUCUUCACCGUUUUUGUUGCUUGGAUCCAUUACUACAGUCUUAUAUAUUACUGCGAGUUGACGACAAAGAGACGAACUGAGUUGACUCCAUCGUGUGUUCAGAGCUGCAAUUGAUUAGCCGUCCAGGGCUAUGCAUGGCUAUCUACAUAUGUGCGUUGGGUCGUAAUGCAUCAUGUUGCUAAACGAUCAGCCGGCUGACGAACUACCCUUGAACUUCCAAUGAGUCAUAGCGAGGCGACGAUAUACGGUCAUGUGCCAGUGCAACAGAGUGCACGACCUCAUGUCGAUGUCAUUCUAAUACCAGACACCAUUUAACCUAAAUGAUGAUGCAAAGAUCAAUAUACAGCCUACGCGCAGCCGGCAGACGUUGCUACAGUUCAGACCGUGUAAUAUGCUUCUUUCGGUUUCUGCAACACUUCUUAGAAUGGUAGAACACUAAUUGAAAAUGAUGAGGGACAAUCCAGACGUAGACACAGCUAGACGGCACUGGGUUUAUCUUGCACGAGAACUUGUGCAUGGCAUGGGCUAGUCGGUGUUUGGUACUAAAAACAAUGACAUCACCGAAAGUUCGUGAACUCUGCAGCAUAGUGGCACGUGAUCGUCUAGCAUCAUAGCACAAUUACUUCUUGGAAGUGCACCGGUAGUUCGUCGGCCGACUGAUCAUUUACCUACAUGAUGGAUAGAGGAUACGAAAUUCCCCAAGGGAUGCCAAGAGGGGUGCCUCAGACCCUCAGAGAAUAUGGCUCGGGGAUACCAAAUUCCCUAGUGAAUACGGCUCGGGGAUGCAACAAACAGGGGAUGUCAAAUUCCCUAUGACACCUGAUGCUGAUAUUGCGGCUUUAGCUCAAGAGGUGAGUAUGCUUGAAAUUUGGUCACAGUCGAGUUUUUGAUAUAUCUGCAGAUAGAGCAAGGCGACAACUUCCAGUCUCUGCAUAUUCUAGAGAGAGGUACUGUAGUAAAUAUUCUAGUUGAUGCUGGAUGCACAUCUCUAGCCAGGAAGGACCAACAAAGCAUAGUCAAAACUCUUUGUCUUCAUCAUUGCAUUCUUAGUAUAAAAGCGGAGCUGGAUCAAUUAUGUGAAGGAUUGUCCACUAUGGGUGUGCUCGACGCUAUUAGACGCUACCCGAGAUAUUUGCCAGAUACUUCCUCAGCGAACAGCGAAAGUCGCUGACUUUUGAUUGCUUGAGAAACCUCUUUGCAGAAAGGAAAUUUUCUGACAAAGGUACUACUGAACGCGAGAAAGAGGAACAAACGUAUAUGUUUUUUCUUGACUUCAUGAAGGAUUGCGAAAAUGGCAAAUGUGAAGCUUCACUACGAGACAUGCUGGCAUUUUUUUUACAGGAGCCGAAGAGAUCCCUCCACUAGGGCUGUAUCCUGCUCCUUCAUGAUAUUUCAACAGAGAUGAAGUUUUUCCAACUGGUUCUACAUGUGCCAUAGAAUUGGUUCUCCCAACGCAAUACGAUGACUACGAAGUGUUCAAACAGAAAAUGGUAAUGGGCAUUCUCAACAAUGGAGGUUUUGGAAAGGAAUGACAUAAACCAGCCAUCUCUGGGCUGGUUAGGGUUAGGUACAGUUAGAGUUAGCGUUACUAUGUUGUGUUUAGUAGGAUGUAAUGUUGCCCCGAUUGUUGUGUUGAGGAGGUAAGAAAUAAGCAAGUGUUGACAAAAUGCA